AUGAACCAAGAAGAUUUAAUUCAAAAAUGUCUUAAUGAAGAACAUGUUAAAUUUUACGAAUAUUACCGCUUCGGGGAUUUUAAGUUGAUCGGAGAAGGAGGAUUUGGAAAAGUACACCGUGCCACUUUUAAGAGCAAUGAAAUUUCUGUUGCAAUAAAGUCAUUUAAAAGUAAUGCAUCUAUUAAAGAGAUUGUUAAAGAG